AUGUUAGUUGAGGAAGUUGAGGACUGGUGGCUUAGCAUUCGCCAGAGAUUGGAGGCUGCAGGAUAUCAGCAGAUCCGGCGGUUUCAUGAGUUUGUGAACAAUUGUAGGAUUUUUGAAGAGGACAACAAAGCUCAUUCGACUUACUAUAAGAGUUUGAGCGAGAGGAAGGGGAAGAAUCAGGAUCGUGGAAAGCCUUAUGCUAACCCGGUCGGUAGAAGGAAGCAGAAAGUUUCUGAUGAGAAGAAGCCAAGUGGAGGAGGAGCUCUCGCUUCGGUUAGGUGCUAUAGAUGUGGCGAGUCAGGUCACCGCUCUAAUGAAUGUGAGAACAAAGUGCUGAGAUGUUAUAAAUGUGGUAAGACAGGUUAUCGUGCUUCUGAAUGCAAGAAUGAUGGUCCAACUUGCUUCAACUGUGGUGAACAGGGUCAUAUCAGUACCCAGUGUCAGAAGCCAAAGAAAGAAGAUACUGCUCAAACUAAUGGAAGGGUGUGUGCUUUGAGUGGAUCAGAGGAUUCCAAGAAGAACAACUUGAUUCAAGGUACUUGUUUUAUUAAUAAUGUUGAGCUAAUUGCUAUUAUUGAUACUGGUGCUACUCAGUCGUUUAUUUCGCUUGAAUGUGCUACUAAGUUGGAAUUGAAUUUAUCUGAUAUGAAUGGUAGAAUGGUGAUAGAUACUCCUACUAGUGAUUCUGUUACUACCACUUGUACUUUAUUGUCUUUAUUCGUUGACGAGUUUCUGUUUAGUUACUUCUUAUACCUAAUCCAAAUGAUUUCUUAG